GUUAAAUGUCACUUGUCAAAUAACAUGCGUGACAUGCGCAACGUUGUCCUUUCUUCUACUCAUAUUUUGUAAAAAUGGGUAUUGACAUUAACCACAAAUACGACCGUAAGGUUAGAAGAACAGAACCGAAAAGUCAAGAUGUAUACCUCAGACUUUUGGUCAAACUCUACCGCUACUUGGCUCGUCGAACGGGGGCGAAAUUCAACAAAAUCGUCUUGAAAAGAUUGUUUAUGAGCAGGAUUUACAGGCCCCCCAUUGCCCUGUCUAAAGUAGUGCGUUUAAUGAAGAAACCCGGACGUGAAGGCCUCACUGCCGUCAUCGUAGGCACCGUCACCGACGAUUCUAGGAUUUUCGAAAUUCCCAAACUCUCCAUUUGCGCUCUACGUGUCACCGAAACCGCCAGAGCUAGAAUCUUAAAAGCAGGUGGUGAAGUGAUAACGUUUGAUCAGUUGGCUCUGAAGGCUCCGACCGGUUCGAAGACCGUUCUCCUGCAAGGUAGACGUAACGCUCGAGAGGCAGUGAAGCACUUCGGGCCUGCUCCCGGUGUGCCGCACAGCCACACUAAACCGCUGGUCAGAUCGAAGGGUCGCAAGUAUGAGAGGGCGCGCGGUAGAAGGCGCUCGUGCGGUUACAAGAAGUAGAUUCGUUUGCAUUAAAUUAAUCCUUUUAAUUUUGUUACGCACUCUGUUCGUAUUGGAGUAAUAAAAUGGAAUACAAAUGACA